AGUCCGCGCGCCUUCGGCGGGGGCUGCAGCGCCCUCCCAGUUGUCGUCCUGCGGCUGGAGCCGGAGUGGGCUGCCGGCUGCUGGCAGCCGGGCACUCGCGGAGCCGGGCGGACCUCGAAAGCCUGGGCUGGUCUUGUUCUGAACCGUGGCGAGGGGAGCCGUAAAUGAACGUUUCUAGCGUGGGUUCCUGCCGGGUACUUUCCAGCCCCCCAGCCACACGGGAGAGCCUCUGUGUAGCCAGCGCUUGGCAGUCGUUAGGUAGGUUGUACCGUAGGGACAGUGCAAGAUCAUGACGGUUGUCUCGGGAGAAAGCGGUGGCGUCUUUGCAAAACUGUAUACCUGCUGUGGUGUGUGUUUUCUUUUCUAUUGAGGUAAUGAAGUUGUAAGUUCACACUGGCACAUUCUCAGGGCUGUGCAGAUUCUUUGCACUUUAUUUCAUAGGCGCAUAAGUGCUUUUUAGCUUUCUUUGUAUAUUGAGUUGCUUUUGAAUUGCUUCCCAUAUUUUUAUUUCAUACAAACUGAACAAUUGUGGCCCCUCUAUUUUAUUUAUAAAGGUUCAGUGUAUCUUUGCCUGCCUACAUCAAUCUGCAAGGGAGUUGCAGAAAAGCCUCAUGUUCAUCGAGCCGAGACGAAACCAGACAGAGGGUCAAGUUUACAGAUGACCGUGUCUGCAAGAGUCACCUUCUGGACUGCUGCCCCCAUGACAUCCUGGCUGGGACGCGCAUGGAUUUAGGAGAAUGUACCAAAAUCCACGAUUUGGCUCUCCGAGCAGAUUACGAGAUUGCAAGUAAAGAAAGAGACCUGUUUUUUGAAUUGGAUGCAAUGGAUCACUUGGAGUCCUUUAUUGCAGAGUGUGAUCGGAGAACCGAACUUGCCAAAAAACGACUCGCAGAAACACAGGAGGAGAUCAGUGCGGAAGUUUCUGCAAAGGCAGAAAAAGUACAUGAGUUGAAUGAAGAAAUAGGAAAACUCCUUGCUAAAGCUGAGCAGCUAGGAGCCGAAGGAAAUGUAGAUGAAUCCCAGAAGAUUCUUAUGGAAGUGGAGAAAGUCCGCGCAAAGAAAAAAGAAGCCGAGGAAGAAUACAGAAAUUCCAUGCCUGCAUCCAGUUUUCAGCAGCAAAAGCUGCGUGUCUGUGAGGUCUGUUCAGCCUACCUUGGUCUCCAUGACAAUGAUCGUCGUCUGGCAGAUCACUUCGGGGGCAAGUUACACUUGGGGUUCAUUCAGAUCCGAGAGAAGCUUGAUCAGUUGAGAAAAACUGUGGCUGAAAAGCAAGAGAAGAGAAAUCAGGAUCGCUUGAGGAGAAGAGAGGAGAGGGAGCGGGAGGAGCGGCUGAGCAGGAGGUCUGGAUCAAGAACCAGAGAUCGCAGGAGGUCACGCUCCCGGGACCGGCGUCGGAGGCGGUCAAGAUCUAACUCCCGAGAGCGACGGAAGUCCUCCCGGUCCCGGUCCCGAGAUAGACACCGGCGUCACCGCAGCCGUUCCCGGAGCCACAGCCGGGGACACCGCCGGGCUUCCAGGGACCGGAGUGCGAAAUACAAGUUCUCCAGAGAGCGGGCGCCACGAGAGGAGUCCUGGGAUUGCGGGCGGCACGAGCGGGGUCCCACUGACUGGAGGCUCGAAAGCUCCAAUGGGAAGAUGGCUUCACGGAAGUCUGAGGAGAAGGAGGCUGGCGAGAUAUGAACCCGGACCUGGGUGCUGUAAAUAGUCUGAUAAACUUUCAACACAGCCUAAAAGUACCCUUUAUAUUUGCUGAAUACAACUCAUCUUUUGUAGUUUGAAAUUUCCAUUGUUUUGGAGCUAGCUGUGAGUUUCUAGAGUUAUACAGAGUUGCUCCCGUGUUCUGGGGUUAUGUUGAAUAGGAAUUAAUAAAUCUGAUGGACUGCCUCCUC